UCAAAGUUUUUGUACUAUUUUGUUCCUUGGUGGCUUAAGUCAGAAACAGUGGAGUAAGGUAGCAACAUUAGCCUCUAACAAGAAAAAUCUCUGCAGACAAAACUUCCCGGCAAAUCCCUCCUAGUGGGCUUUGUGCAAUGCAGUGUAAAAUUAGCUUUCUGUAUAAUGUAACAGAUUCAAACAAAAUAUGCCUGAAAUCUGUGUGAUAUCCAUACUGCUAACAUUAACUUUCACGCAUUCAGUAUCGUUUGUCCUGCCCUGGCAGUGACAAAACUUCAUCUCCUGUUCGACUGAUAGGUUUCCCUUUCGAGAAAUUAAUUACACUAGUAUUUUGUAAUUAAUAUGAGUGUAUUUAACUGACGUUAAAUUGAGAAACACUGUUAGCUGUGUAGCUAGCGCUAACGCUGAGCCUCAACAGCAAGACUGACCGAGCAGAAAGUCGAGAGAGGUGACACCGGUGGAAACUAAGAGCUGUCCGUUUUGAACCGAAGGUCUGGUGCCAGGUGGAGAUGUUCCGCCAUUUGCUGGGGAAGACCUUGGGGUUUGUGGGCUACACGGUCCAGUAUGGCUGCAUUGCACAUUGUGCCUUUGAAUACAUUGGAGAAUUUGUGGUGUGCUCUGGUCCAUCCAUGGAGCCAACCAUUGUCAACAAUGAUAUUGUCUUCUCUGAACGGAUGAGUCGUCAUCUUUGCAAAAUACAAAAGGGUGAUAUAGUAAUUGCAAAGAGUCCAUUUGACCCAAAUAUGAACGUUUGUAAAAGGGUAAUUGGGUUAGAGGGAGACAAAGUCUGCACAAGUGCCCCAUCAGAUGUGUUCAAGACCCACACAUAUGUCCCAAAAGGCCACGUAUGGCUAGAAGGAGAUAACCUUAGGAAUUCCACUGACUCAAGGAGCUAUGGCCCAAUUCCCUAUGCCCUCAUCCGAGGGCGUGUUUGCUUGAAGCUCUGGCCACCGCAUACUUUUGGGACCCUCAAUGAAAGCCCAACCAGACGGAUCAUUAAAACUCAGAGUGACUCAGACUCAGACUGACUCAUCCACUUUGUUUACACUGUACAUUACUUUGUUUGCAAUCAUUUUUGAAUAAAGCUGACAUUUAUUUAAAA